AUGAGUUUAUCUCCAAAUAGACACAAAAGAACAGAGACAAAUAUAGAAAAGAAAAUCCUCCGAACCACCUUUAUAACUCACGAAAAUAACCUGCAAGCUUUGAAUUCUGGACAAGCUAAAGCAUCCCCAUCAAAUUCCCAGCUAUGACAGUCAAAUUCUUCAGACAGUUUUAGCUCAUCUCAAUAUUUAUCCCCUCACAUCUCUGCUAUUAAAGGCAUGGAAAACUUCUGAUUUGCAAUCCAGCAAGAAGAGAGCUCCGAAAGCAUUUCAAACGAAAUAAGCGAAUUUCCUUCUUAUUACGAUAUUUAUUUUUUUUAAAAAAAUAAUUUUUAUUAAAAUUAAAAAAAAUUAAAUUUAUAUUACGAUAUAAUUCUCAAUGCAAACCCUGGAGAUACCAUAAAUCUCCCAGCAGAAAAAAUUAUCAUGAAAGAGAUAUUAAUUGCAAAGCCAAUUACAAUUAAAGGCACUGCUGGGUCUGUUCUAGAAAUCCAAAACGGAUCUAUCACUAUAGAUUUCGGCCAAAACCACUAUAGCCAGAGCCGGGCAACUCUUUGUGAGAUAAAUAUUAUCUAUACAGUCACCCCAGCCAAAAUUGAGCAGACUGAAACAAAGCAGCCUUUUGGGCUUUUUAUCAUAAAUGGAAAUAAUACUACCUUAGAAGUACGUGACUGCCAAAUCAAAAGCAAUAAUUCUAUAAGAGAAUCCAAUGAAUUUUGGAUAGAAAUUGAAGAUGUCUGCUUUUGAGUCAAUGGAAACGGUUAUAAGAAAAAAUACUCCCCAGAACUAGUCAGGUUUAAAAGUAUCCUUUAUGUAAAAUCAUGCAAUAUUUCGCAUUUUCACGAAGCCCUGAUUGGAGGUGUAAAUAGCAGUGUUGUUAUAGAAAAAUCACACAUAAGCAAUAUUAGAGGAUCAGGCGUAAAAAUGAUAAAUCCGAGAGAGCUUAAUAUUCAUCAAGCAAAGUUCACAAAAUGUGCAGGCUAUGGGGUUGAUUUAAGAAUUGUCCCUUUUGCCCAUGGACAUAGCGGACAAAGCUCUCAUUCUACCUCAACUGAUUCUUUUUUAAUACAGCAGAUGAGGUCUAUCUCGAUUCAUAUGACGACUUUUAAGUCAUGUGGAGACAAUUCUAUUCAUAUUUGAGGAGAAAUCGCUGUGAAUUUUCCUGGAAGAAUUACAGUAACACAAUGCAAAAUUACAAAUUGCAAACGCGAAGGACUUUCUGUCCAGCACAUCUGUGUAUCUGACUUAUAUGCUAAUAAAAUGGCGAUGUAUGUGAAAGCCAGCCUAUUUUAUUAUUAAGAGGUCGGCUUUCCAGUGAAUCUCGAUAUGAACACUAGCAAAGGUGCACAGUUUUAUGGAAUAGUCUAGAAAGCAUAGGUUUCCUACCCUGUACACCUAAAAAUAUGGCCUUUAGGUACAACACACAAGGCGCAAAUUAAGAGACGAUGGUUAUCUAUACGAUGGCACUGGAGGAAUGGCUACUCAUUUUUAUGCCAUUUUAAGCGAUAGGAUAGUUUGCUAAGCCGCGGUUGGGUUAAAUGGCUAUAUGGAGUUAAACAUAAUAAAAUAUCUGACUUACAAAUAAUCGAUAACGAAUUCAAAGAAAAUCAGAAAACUGGUAUCUGGAUCCAAAAAGUCAGAAAAACUGACAAAGAAUCCCUUAUCAUUUUGAACGGAAAUAUUUCUGCUGGGUCUAGCGCUGGCUACGGGGUUUAUUUUUACGACACUUCAAUUACAAUGAACAAAUGUGAGUGCUCUGGAAAUGCCUUAGGAGGCGCCAUGAUUGUAGCAAGAAAAGACUUUGACGGUAAAAGCAUAGAAUUUAAGGAAUGCAGGAUUUUUAAGAACGAGAAAAAUGGGGUUUCAAUUUUCGAAUUUUAUAGAGGCAAAAUCAAAAUGAAAGAUACCCAGGUUUUUGAAAACUCUAUGAGCGGAAUUUGUGUGUUUCCUGAGGUAAAAUUAGAGAUUUUACAAGCAGAGCUGUAUUUAAAAAGAUGCUAUGUGGGGAGAAAUAAACAGUUUGGGGUCAUGGCAUAUCAGGUGGCUUGCAAUUUGGUGGGGACGAUAAUGGAAGAAAAUACGAUUGGGCCACUUUUAAUCGACAAAAACGUAAAAAAGCCAGCGAAAAGAAAGCGAGAAAAGCUAGCCCAUAAAAUUCCAGAAAGAAAAGUUUGUAAAGGAAAUUGUGGGAUUUUGUAA